GCUAGUGGGCGCACUGCUGGGCGGAACUUGCGGGUGUCACUGCUGGGCACCGAUCAUCAGGGCACUGAUCAUCAGUGCCCUGAUGAUCGGUGCCGAUCCCCGCUCUGACAACUGCCGGUUCUCGGCAGUACUUUCCUCACGUGCCGAGAACCGGCAGUUGUCAGAGCAGGGAUCGGCACCGAUCAUCAGGGCACUGAUCAUCAGUGCCCUGAUGAUCGGUGCCCAGCAGUGCCAC